AUGAAUCAAAUGUUUGGCACAUUUGCGAAGGGAAUGAAGGGAUCAGUUGUGGCCAUAAGUGGUGUAAUGAGGAGACAAUGGAUUAGGAAAUACAACUCAUACAUAGAAACGGAACAAUUGAUCCACACUUUGGAUAGAAAGGCAUUCAUUGAAGACCUGAGCGAUGCCGACAACUACUUAAGCCAUGAGUCGGACGUCUCGCUAUUGAAUACCAAAUACUUUACCGAAGAAACGUUGGAACUAUUGAACGCCCGAUUCAGACAAGGAUUCAUUGGUGGACACAUCGGUGGACACACACACAAAGACACCGACAAUAUACCGCUCUAUAUAUCAAAACCUGGCAUUCAUUUCACGUCCCAAUCGUUGCGUGAAUUGCGAGAAACGGCCCGAAGUGUGGCCAACAAAGAGUUCUACUUUUAUGAGACCGUUGAACACAUUGUCAACGACGACAUCGAGGAAGAGAACCGGAAGAAUAAAGUGGAACAGUUUGUGGACACUCUGUUUCGGAUGCCAUUGUUUGAAGCCUUUAGACUCUAUAGACGUUUCAGUCUUCCCAUACGUCUCGACACUUCUAAUGAGGGAUGCGUUCGGAUGGCAUGUGUUCCCGAUUUUGUCGUUAAGCGAAACGAUCGCUUUGUAUUGAAUAUUGAGGUAAAGGCCGAUAAAUGCCCACAACUGCUGGACCGGGAUGUGUGCCAAACGGUGGCUCAGGCCGUGGCCUGCGCUCAGCACAACCGGGCAAACAGUGAGAACCCAUAUCUCGCACGGCAUCACUCGCUUCUGAUCCGCGGCACACACUUUCACUUUUUGGCCGUUGAAGUUAGUGAACAAUAUUUGCGUGAAUUGAGUGGCAAUUGCUCUGACAGUGACAGCGACGCCAAUACACCCUUAAAUAUAUACCGUCUGAACGAUAGAGCACUCGAUUUCUGUGACCCCAACGACAGGCGCAUUAAUAUUCUGUGA